UGGCUAAUGGCUUCCGAUUAAAAACGUGGAACACCGAACCGUGAACCGUGUCUGAUCACAGACAGUCAAUGUCACAGUGAUGGUUACUGUCUGAGAUCACUCUCAGACUAGACAGAAGGUUUAAUGAAAGAGAGAAUGCAAAGUCAAUUCUAUUAUUAACCUAAUAUCACUAUGUCAAAAUACCGCUUCUUGCGACGUUUUUUACUCAAAGGGAAAAUAUUAGAUUCAAUAACUUCCAGACUGAAUUCGUUUGAGCCAUGCUGUCAACGUCCACAUACUUUCAGUCAAGUUGGUCGUAGAAGAGUUAAUACGUUACCACAGGUAGGAGAUACAAUAUUUGCUCUGUCUUCUGGGUAUGGGAAGUGUGGUGUAGCAGUCAUCCGUGUGUCAGGACCUCAGGCAAAAGAUUCCAUCCAUCAAAUGUGUUCAAUAACAAGUCUACCAUCUCCCAGAAAGACUCAUCUCAAGAGGAUAGUAGAUCCAAGCACUGGGGAGCCAAUAGACAGGGGAUUAAUCAUUUGGUUCCCAUCCCCUGAAAGUUUUACAGGAGAAGACUGUGUAGAGUUCCAAAUUCAUGGAGGCUCAGCAGUCAUUGCUGCCAUGGUUACAAGCCUGGGGAAUCUCUCAAAAUACAGACAUGCAGAACCUGGAGAGUUUACAAAACGGGCUUUCAUGAAUGGGAAGCUAGAUUUGACUGAAGUAGAGGGUCUAGGGGAUUUAAUUCAUGCCGAGACGGAGGCCCAAAGGAAGCAGGCACUGCGACAGAUGGAGGGGGACCUAGGAAAACUGUACUCUGGAUGGAGAAACAGGGCCAUAAAAGCUGCUGCCAAUAUUGAAGCCUACAUAGAUUUUUCUGAGAGUGAGAGUCUGGAAGAUGAUCUUCUUAGUGAGGUAACUGCUGAAGGGGACCGACUGAAUGAUGAGAUAAGCAGUCACCUGGAUGACCACCGCUGUGGGGAGAGACUAAGGAAUGGUGUCCAUGUCGUGAUAGUGGGCAAACCUAAUGUGGGCAAAAGCACUCUGCUGAACACGAUCUCUCAGAGACCAGCUGCUAUUGUGUCCCCUAUCCCAGGAACAACUCGAGAUGUGGUGGAGACUGCACUCAAUGUGGGGGGAUACCCUGUUCUUCUGAGUGAUACUGCAGGACUCCGGGAGACAGAGGAUGUCAUUGAAAAGGAGGGGGUACACAGAGCUAUACAGAGAGCAGAACAAGCGGAUCUGAAGAUUAUUGUUCUUGAGGCAGCAGAUCUAUGUAAAUUUUCCAAAACAACAUCAAUUCAGGAUAUUAUUACAGAUUACUUCCAAGAUUUAGGACUUUUAUCAGAUGCAUUGACAAGGUUCAAAAGCUUUUCAACAAGCAACACAUCUACAGAUUCACAGAUUGCCUCAAAUAAAGCUGGAUUACAGAAUUAUGAAUUUUCUCCCUUUGGUAGUGAUGUAUUACUGGUUUUGAACAAAUGUGACUUGUUGCCAGAUUCAGACCUGUCCUCUUUAGAAAACUUUUUACAAAAGAAUGAACAGUUUGCAGUGUGCUUUAUUUCAUGUACGUCAGGCAAAGGCAUAGAGGAAUUCCUGGAAAUGUUACAACAAAGAUUAAAGACAAUGUGUGGGAAUCCCCUGUCAGGAAAUCCUAGUCUGACGCAGACCAGGUAUCGUUUACACCUGCAGAAGUGUCAAGGUCACCUUGAAAAAUACAAACGUUACAUGGAUCUUGGAGAUGUAGUAUUAGCUGCCCAAAGUUUAAGAAAAGUUCUGUAUGACAUUGGAAAAAUUACAGGAAAAAUCACCUCAGAAGAUAUUCUAGAUGUUGUUUUCAAGGACUUUUGUAUUGGGAAGUAAUGUUAAAGCUAGUAUUUUUAUGCCCCCAGA